GUAUUUUGAUAUCACAGUUGAGGCUGCCCAGGAAUUUUACCAUCUGCUGAUAGCGGACGUUGUCGAGUUGGUGAAACACACAACCAAGACUCAGACCGGCGGCCUGGAAAUUAACAGACUGAUGUUGAGUUUGGCAUACAGGCUGAAUCAGCUCGACCAGGACUGGCGACAUUACAUACCUCCCAGGAUGCAGUCAUGGCGUCAACUGUUCAUGAGCGAGGCGGAGCAAUGGAGUUUUGUCCUUCAGCAAAACACUCAAGUAUUCGUCAUGAACGCUGUGUCAAUUGAUAGGUACAAAAAGUGUGAUUUCCCAUGGACCGGUUCCCUGCAUUCCCCAAGUCAGCAGGCCCAGAGACAGGGAACCAUCUCCAAGUCGCUUACCCCGUCCUUCAACAGUGCAUUCACCAACCCAUCAUCUGCCAAGUCAACCCCACAAUGGUUGCCUGGGAGCCGCAGUCACCAACAAGACUCCACAGGGUUCAGUGGCCCUUCCUCCCCUGGGCCGGAUCCCUCCCAGGCCCCUGAUUUCCCCAUUAUAACCCCUUCAGAUGAUUCUAUGUCUCCAUUCAUGAACACAAGCUCCCGACGCCCAAGCUCAGACCCCGUCAAUAUGUCCAAUAGUUCCAUGCUUAACGGGUCAUACCUAGGCAAUGUUGCUAGGUCAUUCGGGCACUAUGAUGAGAAGAAUCUACUGUCAUUUGCCCAGCUUAGGCAUAGUAGCUCCUUACCAAAUCUAAGUGAUCGAGAUAAGUUCCAUGAGUUAAUGCCAAUGCCUGUGUCAGAAAGUGAAAAAAGAGAAGCCUCCAACUUCAAUAGAAGUAGAUCUUCACUGGACGCUGUCACUUUCGAUCAUGAUGACAGUGAUACAAUAACUGAUAAGUCUGAUUCACCCAUUGGAGACUUCAGCUUUCCUCCAGUAGAGGAAGUGUUGUCAGAAUCAUCAUCUGCUGUGGCAACAGAAAGUCAUCCGGUAGUAGCUGUGUCUGAUUUUGCAGGCAACGGCUCAUUACUCAGACCUUCUCCACAAAAAGGAGGAGUUGUGUCGGAAAGGGUUGAUAUAUCAGCUGGUCAAGGAAAGUCAGCAUUUUCUGUUCUAAAGCAGAGCCCAAAAGUAGAGAAUCAAAAUGAAAAUGUUGGAAUCCCAAGACAAGAAACAUUACAUAGAAGUAGAUACCAUGAACGCCAUUCUGAAAAUUCUGAUGAAAAUCAAAAGCAAGAAUAUGGAGGAUAUGAUUCCUUUACCAAUUCCCUUACAUCAAACAUUUCAUUUCCAAAUCCGCUGCAAGAAAGCCAAGAGGCAACUAUGGCUACCCUGCCAAUAUCCAGUGGUGCUAUCGACGUGGUGACAAUUUUGCAAAGAGUUGUGGGGUUUGGGCGCGUGAUGUGUCAGACCCUAAUGCCUAGCCAAGCCCAGUAUGAGUCGGACCAAUCAGGAAAUACCAGUCUAUCUGACCAACCAAUGCUCGAUAUAUUUGGAAAACAAAGGCAGAAAUUGUAUGAAAACUUUCUCAAAUGUGUUCGAGGGACAGUGUGCCAGUUUGCAGACAACAUGUUAUGUAUGGACCUGUGUGGCUCUACGCAUUCCAUGGCCAGGAGACUUGCCGGAUCAUCAUUGGUCCAGUACCUGCAGACCCAGCAGUCCAGCCGGCUGAUCUGGGGCUGCCGACACGACCUGGCCACGUCGCGACACUGCUUCGAGUACCUUGACCGAAACACACGCCUCCUCUGUGACAGACAUGAACCCAUCACACGAGAGAUGUGCAUGAGAAUCAACAAUGUUACUUUCAUGCUGACCUGCCUGAACUGGUUCUACCAUCGCCUUAGAAGCAACUUCUUAGUUUCGAGUGACCUUUCUGCGCGUCAAAUGAGGGACAGUUUGCAGGCAUCUAUGAAUAGUGCUGAUAACCAAAGAAGUGAUUUCCUGGUGAUAGACCAGUAUGGUUACAACCCAUCACUAGACCGCCUGGAGGUGAUGGAGACUGCGUCACAACUCGCACCCAGUCUGCUAAGUCAUGGGGAGGACGAACAUGGAAUUCUGGUUACCAGUCCAAUAGACGGGGACCGUGACCACCUCAUGGCCAUCAUCAGGGCCCUAUGCAGGAUUAUGGCAUACAGGCUUAACCUGUUUGUGAUGGACGCCUUGCCAGUACUGCUCACCCUUAAGUCUUCUGAGGUUACCAUAGAGACUGGGCUGAGCCCACUCACAGAGUUCCUUGCGAACUAUGUACACACACUGCGGAGCUGGUUGUACGAGGAGAAUUUCACGCGCGUCCUUGAGUGCCUCUGGAUUUUCAUCGUUCAGGAUUUUGAGGCUGAGCUACGCAAGUUGGAGCAGGAAGAUCAGGACGGGUUGGGUCACGCACAGUUACUGCUACAGGCUCUCUCGCACCUUCUGAAGUUUAUGAACAACCAGCACAAGUCCUUGCAUAGAGACCUGCUCUUGUCACAGGCCGAUGAUGUUUCGUUCAAACUGAGCUUGUACGCCAUGCCUGUGGAACGCCUUGUCGCCCUGUACAGAGGUCUUUGCCAAGAUGCGCUGGGGUCAGACUCUAGCAGUACCAGCACUAUGUACCACAGUGUGUUGAUGGUUAGACAGAGACUCAAGCACGACCUUCAGCGAUACAAGAAGGAUUUCAGUGGGGCGGAUCUUGUGAAGUGGAUUCUUAAAAACCUAGAACUGUUUGAAAAUCUUGAUCCUGGUCUGACCGAGGGAGAGGUGGUGUACAAACGGGAACGGGCCCAUCAGAUAGCCCAGCGUCUCCUAGACUGGGACAUUAUUGCCGAUGUGGAGGCCGACACUGGAGACCAAAACGACAGCUCAGCAUACAGUUUUGAUGCUGAGUUCCCAGUGGUUACAGUACAUGCCCAAUUACCAGCCAAGAGAGAAGAGGGCAUAACCAGUGAUGAAGACAACACCCCAGAGGCCACACCUAGAGCUACCCCUAAGCCAGCAGGCCCGAGUGGUCUCAGACAGUCCAUGAGGGCUUUUUCCAGACAGUCGGGCCUCAAAUCCAUCACCCCUGGGCUGCGGGUUUCACAGUCACAGAGGGCGGUUGGGGCGGCAGAGCUGGACCAGUCCCAGGGAAAACAAGCAGUGCGUCAAACUUACUACGCUGGUCAGAGAAGUGCAGAUAAAUCAGGCUUAGAGGAGGCCAAAGCAAGCACCCAGGAGACAUUAACCUCAAGGAUGGGCAAGAUUGAAAACACUUUACUUACCAAUGGUGCUAAUUAUGAUGAUAACAUUGCAGGUGCUGGUGCUCAAAAUAAUUCUAAUAUCAAAACAAGUUCUGACGCUGAUGAAAGUUCAAACAUCGUCAGAGAAAAUACCAACCAAGAUUCAUUGGUAGAUUCAAUAGAUUCACUUGAGACGGCAGAUGCCCGGUACGCCAAUAACAGGGGAAUGGGGUCACCCUAUUCAUAUGACUCAACCAUGUCAGUUGAUUCCAACAAUACGAUUUUCUUCGAUUCGGGAUCAAGUUUCUACUAUGUCAAGCCAUUUGUUGAUAACUUUUUUGACAUAAAGCAGCAUGGGGCCUGGAAGAAUAAUGAACUAUUCAGCCUUGUUGAAGAAUGUUUCCAGAAGAAAGUGUCUGCCCAGUAUGUGAUGAGAAUCAUUUACACGCGACGGAGAAACGACCCUCGCGUGAAGAAAUUCCUGCAGUCGGCAUCGUCAGAGAUGAUUGAAAGGAUGAGUUUUAGAGCGAGAAAUGAAGAGGCCUCUGUGUGUGUGAGCAGUUAAUUUUCAGGGAUAUGUAUUUGUUUGUUUCAAUUAUCUCAUGCCAGUUGAAUGGGCCAUUCUCUCUGUGGUGCUGUUUAAGAUAUAGCAAUGCUCCUGUAUGUGGUAUGAAAUCUACCUUGCAAAAUGAAAUGCUUACAUGUAUUGUUUUAUCAUAGCAAUGUAUAUAAAAGUUUCAACAAAAAUGAUCAUGGGCCUUCUUGGGGGAGUGGUUUAGUCAUCCAAGCAUUUUGAUUGGUUGGCUAAAUAUAUCUGUAACAGACAGCAAUAUUUUACUGCUGGGGCCAUAUUCACUAAUGCUUCAGUCUGAGUUUGAAACUCAAGGCUCAAAAAAGUGAUUCCUAAAAAGUAUGUUAUUGUUUUUGUUAAAGAUGUGUAACUAAUUGUUAAACAUAUAUAUUUAUCCUGUUUUACCAUUUUAACUCUUUCAGAAACAAAUUUAAAAUGGAAGGAAAACUUGCAGUCUCAAACUCAGAGUCAGGAAUUAGUGAAUAUGAACCCUGGUUGUUGUGGCCAAAGCACAACGCAAUACGCCAAUGUAUCUUAAUUAAAAAAAAUACCCAGUCCCCAAUUUCUUCAAACAUCUUAAGUCCCUUUUAAUAGAAUCAAGCUUACUAAAAGAUGGUAGAAUUUGUGUAAUAUUUACAUUCUUAGAGGGAUUUUUGACUUGAAGGGAAUUUAUCUUUGAUAUGCUUAAAAGCUUUUGAGAAAUUCGGGUCUGGUAUUAUUAUACAUGUACAUGUACAUGUUAACUAUAUUUUGCUGAUCAAACUAUGUAAUCAAAUAAAGCAAGGAUUAAAAUUUUAAUAAUAAAUUCUUGUAUGAAUAAUGACAUUUAUUGUAAGGCAAAGAUUAUUACUAGCUUUAUAUUGACUAAUGCAAUUCAUCAUUGAAUCAGAGCUUUAAAGAGAAGUCCAAGUAUAGUAAAUCAGCUUUUGGAAAGAUUUGUCUAUGAGUUUGAUUGUUAUUUUCAAAAUUGCCAAUUAAGAUGUUUGCCAAAGACAGAAUUUUGUAAUUAUUGAAAAUCGUUAAAAGUUUUAUUACUAUUCUUAUUCCUAUUUGAUUUAAAUAAUCAAAAAAAUGUUGCAUGAUUGUGUUUGGGCAUUGUGCAAGUAUUUAAAACAAUAAGAAUGAACAAACGAGCUUGUGCAAUACAUGUAUCUAUUGGGUCAUAUUAUCAAUGCUUGCAUCAUAACAAUUGAUUUUCCAAAUUAAUAUUUCUUUUUACUAGAUAAAAUAUCUAUUUCGGGAUUAAGAGCAUUAGUGGAAGGUAAAAUUUCCAUUUUGUUUUUGGACAGUUACUAAUUUUCAAUAUAAGGAUAUUUUGUUAUAAGCUUGAUCAUAUGAUUGCCAUUGUGUUUUUUUUUAUUGUUUAUUGUACACUUUGAUAAGAAUUGCAAUAUGAGUAUAUAGUAUGAUAAAAUCAAAAUCUAUAUUGUAAGCAAAACAAUGCAAUAUUUUGUUAUACCCACACAGAACAAAGUUUGAUGGGGAGUCAUUAUAGGAGUGAUUCAAGAUUGUGUCAGUCUGUUGGGGGGGGGGGGGUAUUGGUUUUUACCAGACUUUAAAUCAUUAAAGGGUCAUCUGAUUUUUUUGUUCACAUGCUUAACACCAUAAAAUUAAGAUCAAGUUUGAAUGUGUGUACAAAAAAAAAUUGACAGAGUAAUGACCCUCCUUUUCAACUUAGAAUUAGGAUGUUUAACUACAAAUGUACAUUGCAAUGCCAUUUAAUGGACUGCAUUUAAAGGUCUAUGGUAUGUUGUGUUUUGAGUUUUGUGUGUUAAACAUGACCCCCUUUGAUGUGGGCCCCAAUAUUUGCACAUUAUCAAAGUCCCUCAAUACAGGAUUAAGCUAAGGACACUAUUUCAUUUUUGUUUUGUUAUAAAUUGAUUAUUGUUCUCCUUUUAAAGGGUUUUGAGACUUUCUGAGGAAAUUAUUUUAAGAUAAUCAUGAUACUCAUCUUUUUGUUUUUUAAUAUCAAAUAUUAAAGCAAGUUAUAUGGCUGCAUUACUGAUAAAUAUUUCAAGAACUUUGGACGAGAAGUAGUGCAAAUAUUGCCUGCAACUUGCUAGAUGUGUUUUAUGAAUUGUUUGUCUCUUUCAUUUAUUUAUUUUUAUAAAGAACUACAUAUAUAAGUGUUGUAUGUAAAUAACUGAUAAUUCUCAGGUCUGACAGGGUUAAAAGAUGCUUUUCAUCUGGAAGACUUAAGUGUUAUGAUAAUUUAUAAACAUUAUGCACAACUAGUUUCACAAAUGACACCAGUAUUUACAAGAAAAGGCUCUGGCUAGGGGAUUUUUUCUCAGGUUAGCUGUGUGUUUACUGUGAAUCAAAUGUACUAUUUUACUAGCUAUAUUAUGUAUCAUAUCGUUUAAUACUGGCUGAUCUAAUGCUUUUCAUAUCUUAUUCGCUUUUUUAAUGUAUAAUUGUUAUUAUUUUGUUAAUAUUUCUUUUAGUGUAUAAUUGUUAUUAUUUUGUUAACAUUUCUUUUAGUGUAUAAUUGUUAUUAUUUUGUUAAUAUUUCUUUUAGUGUAUAUAUAUAUAUUGUUAUUAUUUCGUUAAUAUUUCUUUUAAUGUAUAAUUGUUAUCAUUUUUUUAAUAUAUCUUAAAACAUUUUAAGCAUCAAUCUGUGAUAUAUUUUCAUUUUAAAUGUUUUGUCACAGAGCAAAAAUAAAGCAUGUAAUCACCAAGAUUAUUGUACAAAUGAAUUUUCAAACUGAUAUUUCUGAGUAGUGUAUAUACUAACAGCUACUUUGAUGAGUUUGAGAAAUGUUGAGUUGAUUUUGCAAAUAAAUUUCUUGAUUGUAAGAUAUUGAUGGCCUCAAUUCAAAAUGCCAAAGCUGUAUUUAUACCAGUUUUGGAAUUUUUACAUCACUUAAAUCAUAAAGGUGAGCCGAGAUGUGUCUAAUUGCAAAAUGGCCACUAAAUAGUCAAACAUGAAAAUUGUGUUGUAUCAUGUGAUCAAAUUGUGAAACAAUGAUUGGACAUCUCACGGAGAAACAGACAUGUCAAACUUUCAGAAAUUGUGACUUGACCUUUUGCUAAAAGAAAUGUGUGAUCAAAUUACCAAGAAAAUACCAAAAACAUCGGCUACUGAAAACUUUGGAGUUUGUAGCUUCUGCAUUUUGAAGUGAGGCCAUUGAUAUUCUUGUACACUCCUUUUAAGCAAAAUGGCCCCCAAAGUGCUCAGCGUUGUUUAUUGUGAUCGCUCGUUGGCCAUCUUUGUCAAUAUUCAUUUUGUCAACUAGAACUAAAAUUAAUGUUAGACCAAUUUCAACUAAACCGCACAUAUGAAAUUGUAGUCCUUUGUCAAGGUGUUUUAAGAAUUGUAUAACUUUUUUCUGAAACUUAUUUUUGUAAUUGACACGUUAAAAUCAUAUAUUGAGGAAUUUGUUUGAAGGUCAUCUUUUUUAAAAUGGCCGUCGAGCUGAUUUUCCCUGGUUAUAGUGAAACUGUUUUAUAAAAUCUUGGUGAAUCACAACUUGUUAAAGAUAUAAUGGGCAGCAAAAUGGUGGAUUAUUUUAAAGGAGUGUUAUUUUGCAAACCUAUAAACCUUGUAUCCAUUAUGACAUUUGGAUUAACAUGUCUGAAAUUCAAAUAAAAUUAAAACCGUUUCCUGUCUGAAACUUGAAGUCCCUGACCUAGGUAUUAGCAGUGUUGCUUCAACUUACUUGUGGUUUGCAAUCAGACAGCCUUGAUCUUAAUUACCUAGCUUAAUAUCUCAACAUCUAGUUUGUUAUGUGUUUGAUGUCAUUUAAGGGUAUAGAACUCAUGAGAGCGAUCUAGGGCUGCUGUUGCCCAUUCUAUUUGAAAAAAAAAUAUGAAUUGAUUAUUUUUGAUGAUUCAAUAAAAAAUGCAAAAUAGCAAUUUCAUGACAGUUUUCUAUUUUGGAUAUAUUCUUCAUGAAUGAUAAACAUUUUUAUCUUUCACUACGGAUGAGCCGAAACUUUGUUCUUUUUUCAACCCCAUUUUGUUUCUUUCCUGUAUUUCCUUAAAGAUGCACUUUUACUCCCAGAUAAGAUUUACCACAAUUAAUACAAUUAUUUGAUAUACCAAAAAUGAUGAAUAAUUGUCAAAAACAAUAGUUCUUAUAAAGGAUACCGAGUUUAAUUUGAAAGAAAGGUGUAGAACACAUGGUUUUUUCAGAAUUAACUGGCAAGAUAUUUUUUGGGCUUGCUCAUAUUCGGAAUUUUAUAUAACAGGGCUUGUUAAAAAAUUUUGAUCCCAAGCAAUAGUUGGCUUGUUCAUCUGAGUCUUAUUACAAUGACUGGUUAUAAUCUUUUAAUCAGUAAUGAAUAUUUUCCAUAAAUGCAUUAUUUAGUAUGUAGUUAAAGGUGUAUCACUCAAAAUUUAUGUUUAUUUUCAACCAUUACCUUCAAGGUCAAGGCCAUAUUUAUUAGUCAGUUAAGGGAGCCAAUUUUGUGUCCAGUAUUACUUAAAGGAUUCUUUAAAGUAGCAGGGCACGAAUGUCGACCACUAAGAACCCAUGGUCCUACUUAAGGGUCAAAUAUAUAGCAAUCUUAUUUGGUCCACUCCCAACAGCUGGAAGGAUUUUAGAAUUAUUGUUAGCUUAAUGGUUCCUGAAUGCAAUGUUUUUUCUAACCCAUAGUAUCUGUAGAAUUUAUUUCAUUAUAGUGUUCUAUACUUGUGCUUCUAAAGCAUUCAUUAUUUCUAACAGUGUAAAAUGUUAAAGGCUGUUAAAGGUAUAUAUAUUAUUCUGUUAUAAAUAUAAGUUUGUAAAACAAAUGAUGGUUAUACAUGAAAUCAAUUUUAUAAAUGUAAUAAAACUAUGAUAUUAAAAAAAAAGUUAGAAAAAAUGUAGUCUUGCACCUUCUCCAUUGCACCAUAGAUAUACUGAUACUCUUAUAAGCUUUAUGUACCGAGUACAGAAAUUAUACAAAUCUGGCAGAAUUCUUCUACAUUGAAACAAAAGUUAUAUAGUAUGGUUGUUGUGGUUGAAUUUUAACAUACUUUAGAAGAAAACUAUUAUUUUGGUUGAAAGGAUUUUGCUAUAAAGGAGUCAGGGUAAUGAGAAGCUUUCAAGAGGUCUAACUCAACUUGCUAUUUAUUUUUCAUUUGUAAUAAAUAUAUACAAAUGAAUUCUCCAAGGCCAGCAAUGCCUCUUGAUUUAUUUGAAUGAAUGAAAUUUUGGUUAUUUUUCUGAAUACUGACUGCAUUUUUUAUGUCAGAGUUUAUUUCUUCAUUCACUUCUUUUUUGUAUGCAUAUUCUUCUGUAAUAAUAUUGUUGAAACAUAACCAAAUACAACACAUACAUAUUUUAAUAUAUUUAUAAUAUGUGUUUAAUAUAUAUAUAUAUAUAUAUAUAUAUAUAUAUAUAUAUGCUCAAAAACUGUAAUUUUGAUUCUAUUGUUAUAA